AAGCCCCUCCUCCUCCGGCGCCGUAAUUUCCUGGAGACCGGGUUUAUUUUGAUACAGAAAAAUGGCGGCAUCGACUACAGCUAAUACCUCUGAGAAUGCGGGGGAGGCGUCUUCAUCCGAAACGGGACCGGACAGUGAUUUUUGGGACGCACAGGAGCCGGUGGUGUUGCGGGAGCCGGCGGUGAAGUUGCUGACUCCGGUGAGCGGCGUGGAGCCGCUGUCGUGGUCAGAGGAUCACAGACUGGCGGCCUGCAGCACUAACAGCGUGUGUCUCCUGGAGCUGCUGUGUGAUGUACACAGUCUCAGUCAAGAUCUCGUGCUCCACCGCACUCAUGUCCCCGUACCGGACGCCGUGCACGAACUAAAGGUGGGUCCCGAAAAAGAAGUUCAGGCUGUUAAAGAAAUGUUUGCAAGAAGUAAAGAUCCAGUAAUAGGCCAAAUGACAAUGAUUGACAGAGUCAUGCACCCUCAAAGUGGACGUCUCCAUGGAGUCAAGUACACUAGCUGGUCACCAUUAGGCUGUGACAGCAAUGGCCGCAGUCUCCUUGCCUUUUUAACACUGGACAAUCGUCUCACAAUCCACGGCAGUCACAAGCAUUUGCAGUGGACAUCCCUCUUGAACCUAACAGAACUUUAUGGUGAAAUGCUGAAGUCCAGAAACUAUGCCGCUCAGAAUGAUGGCUCGUCGCCGUGCCCUUUUACUGACUUGGAUGAGCUGCAGAGACGGUAUCGAAUGCAGACGCCUGUGCGCAUGGAGUGGUCUGGCCUGUGCAAUACGCAACAAGUUCAGACCAACAAUGAAUGUAAAGACAUUAGCACUGUUCUUCUGGCUGUACUUAUGGAGAACGGAGAUCUAGUUGUGUGGCAUUUCAGUUUGCCCCUACAGGGGAAGGAUUCAGUGGCGUCCUGCAACACCAUAAAGUCUGACCUGUCAUCGCCAAACGUGCUCACCUGGUGGGAAUAUGAGCACAGCGGGCGAAAAAUGAGCGGGUUGAUCGUGGGUAGCUCAGUUGGCCCUGUAAAGAUUCUUCCGGUGAAUCUUAAAGCAGUGAAGGGUUAUUUCACCCUCAGACAACCUGUGGCGUUAUGGCAGGAUAAGGACCAGAUACCUGCCCACAACAUAAAAUGCAUCACUCUCUUCCAUCCGCACCAGAAAUGCAACUGCAGCCUUGUGGUGGUCGCACGCGGUUGCUAUGUGUUCUGGUGCCUGUUGCUCAUCUCUAAAGCUGGUCUCAAUGUUCACAAUUCCCACGUCACGGGCCUUCAUUCCACCCCCAUCAUUUCCAUGACGGUUAGCCGUAAAGACGGCUCAAUAUUCACCUGCUCGCUCGAUGGUGUGGUUAAGAAGCUCACGCCCGUUUUCACAGAUGUUGCAGUGGUAUUCAAACAGCAGGAGAUUGUUCUGCCAGAAGGAGUGGCAGGACGACGUAUACACGGUAUAUCCGUCAGUCCGAAUGGUGCCUACCUGGCCCUGGUCUCCAAUGAGGGCAUGAUCAAUGGACUCCACCCUGUCAGCCGCACCUACCAGGUGCAGUUCAUUACCCUCAAGACCCCCAACGAAGCGGCUGCUGAACUCCUCGAAUCUCAAAUGCAGAACCUUUUCGGACAGACCGACUUGUUGGAUCUGCUGCGAUGGCGGGUACUGAAGGACAAAUGCAUCCCUCCGUUGCUCCAAAAGGAGUUAGACGAGAAGCUCAAAGGAUCCAAAGGGUCCACCUACUUAUGGCGGCUUAAGCUUUUUCUUCUCCGGACGCUUCACAAAUCAAUGCAGAAGACCCCUACGCAAAUCCUGUGGAGGCCAAACUAUAAGGAUGGUAAAGUUUUUGUUGAUGAUGAGGCAGGUGGGGAGGAUGAAGAUGAUGCAGACAUUUCAGCUCUAGAUGAGUCCAGGCAGGGGGAUUCUGAUCACUUCUGCAGUGAGGAACGAAUGAAGGAGAUCAGCGGCUGGAUCGAAGAGGUGGAGUCCCAUCUGACCCACGAGAAUAUGAAGAAGGUGCUGGGCGAGGUGUACCUACACACCUGUGUCACUCAAAACACAUGUAUACCUACCAAAGGUGUGUGUGACUUUCUCACAAAUGACCCGGCAAAUGAAGACAGGGCUGCCAAGGUGCUGAUGGGUCAUAUCAUGAACAAGAUGAACAAGCAGACAUUUCCAGAGUACUGUAGCCUCUGUAAGGAAGUUCUGCCCUUCACAAGCCACAAACAAGCAGAGUGUAAGAACGGGCACAGAUGGCUCAGGUGUGUGCUGUCAUAUCAGGCCUGUCAGGGUGUAACGUACCGUCGCUGUCUGUUGCAGGGCAGUAUUGCCUCAGUUCCAGAGCCCGAGGACCCAGACUGGAUUAAAAAAAUACUCAAAGGUCCCUGCAUCUUUUGUGACUCCCCGUUCUACUGAACCAGCGGCUGUAAAGAUGAUUAUCUGCUGACUACUGGGUGACAUAAAAAGGCUACACCCAAAAGAAUACAAAAUGUUUUUUAUUUUCUUAAAUGACAAACAUGUGAAUUUAUAUUCUUUGAAUGUAUAUUUUGUAAUAUAAGACAUGAAAAAACUAUUUUAAAGCCAAGCUGUAAUAAAAAAGCCUCAAUUUAAUAUAGAAAUAUGUAUUCUAUGCUGUAUUUUUGAUUUGUUAAUUUUAUGUUUCCAUGCUGCUUCUGCAUUAAAUAUGCACGCUCUUCCCUCGGCCGAUUUUAAUUGGUUUAAAUAAAUCGAAUUCCUAAUUGGCUUUGGAAACAUUUUUGUGUAUCUGCAAACACCAUACAAUAAUGACUUUUCUGUGGCCUGAAGGAACAGAAGACGAGGGCAGAAGAAUGUAAAAGGAAAUAAAAAACAGUCUGACUCUAAGCAAACUGUUUUAAAACUGAUCCCGCCCCUCCGAAGGGCCGGACUCUAAUGAGAUACGACAGUAAUGAGGAAUGGAUCCCGGCUGCAUAUGUGAUACCCAUUUUAAUUAAGGUAGCGAGGUUGAGUGGAUAUUGUUAAAUAUAGUUACCCCCUUUUUGUGAGCCACAGGGGAAACGCACAUAGGCCGUGUACCCUGACAACCCUUUCCGUGCGAUAUCGCUACUGGUGAAAGUCAGCCGCGUGUGAUCAAAGAUAGAUUUGGGCCUGUUGGACCCUCCGCCACGUCCGUUCUCAUCCCCGGUACAUCCUGUGUCUGUGCCCCGGGUUCUCUCUAGUGUCACUGAAGAUGAUAGCUCGCCUCGGGGCUAGACAGCAGCCCUGUCUUAGGUUUCGGAUGGUAUCCCGAGAUAAAGAUGGCCUGAUAAUUACAUACAAUUCAGCUCGCCGUCUCUCAUUCGGUGUCACUGCAGAUAUUGUUUGGAGGGCUUAAAAAAUAGCUGGUGUGUUUAUUUAUUUGCUCCUGGUUUUAUUAUUCGCAGACUCUUUUUUUGUUUGUUUGUUUUAUUACGAUCUAUUCUGAAACAUUUCCAUAUCAUUACAAAUGUUAAUGCAAUGCGUAAGGGUGGUUGAUUAUGUGGUAAUAAUGUGUGUGUUAAUCAAAGGGGGACUAAACACAAAGGCAGGGCUCAGAACUGCUAAUGCCGUCUGCUGCGUGUCACGGCAAAUUUAUUCUCUGACAUAUUGUGAUAAGCAUCUAAUAACAUGAAUUUAAAAGAUGAUUUUUAAAUGGCGUAAUACGGAGACGAAAAGCUAUUUGGAUUUCAAUUGUACACACAAUAUACAGUGCAUAUUAAUAGUCACACAUGCUAAAUGUCACAUAUUAGAUUGUAACCGUAAGCGUGAUGGAAAUUCAGAGUUUUUUUCCCCCUGCCAUGUGAUUCUUCGCCUAGCUAUUAGAUUGUCAAAUGGAUCUUGGCCUUUUGGUUUGAGUGCUAGCUUUGUUGAUAGGUGGAGACUCCUCCUGUUGAAGAUGUUAGCUCUGUUUGGAAGAACCUCCUACUUCUUUAAUAUAACAAUCUGUCAAAAAACAUUUUGACAAUAAUUAUGGCCCCCUCCUCCUUUGUGUGUGCUCUUUCAAGACUUCAAAAGAAGGUUUCGCUCUAUUCUCGGUAUUAAAUAUUCAUCACUUCUGUGUUCGUGUCUAUGUGCUUUAAACAGACAGACACAUUUUUUUUUUUAUUUAAUCUUAUAUUCUCAUUGUUCGUUAAUGUGUUUUGAUAUACAUCACCUUUUGUUAAACACUCACUUUGUUGAGCCCAAACAGCACACUAAGCAUUGCUCUUGAUGUCAUUCCCUUGAUCAAUGCAUUGUACAUUUUUCUUUAGCAAAAAUUCAGUUUUUGUUUUACUUUUUGUCUAUAGGUCCUAAAUUGGGAAGCUGAAUUAGGUUUUAGUUGAUUUGUAAUCCAAUCUUUACCACCGGACUGAUUUUCUAAGUAUAGUUUUAUUAUAUUUUUACAAUGCUUAUUUUUAUAAAACAUAUUAUUGUUUAUUUAUUAUGCUGAAUUUAUUUGAUGUAAC